AUGGAAAGUUCAUUUCCAUAUGGCAGAGUUGCAUUUGCUAUUAUGACAAUAUCACUCUGCUGCAUUUGCUUCACCUCUUCUCCUGCAAUUGCAUGCUCCCUCCAUGAAAGAAAUCACCUCUUGGAUUUCAAGGCAGCAGUUAUAGAUGAGGACAAAAUGCUAAGUUCCUGGCACGGAUUUAAUUGCUGCACUUGGAGUGGAGUUAGUUGUGACUUCAGCACAGGCCAUGUUUCUCUUCUCGAUUUGAGUGGAUACAAUUUGCAAGGUAACAUCGGUUCAUCUUUGUUUCAACUUGCACAGCUGGAGCACCUUGAUCUCAGUUACAACCUCUUCCAUGGUAAUUUCACUCCCCAUAUUGGAAAGUUGAAGAGACUCAGUUUUCUUGACUUGUCAGUUCAUUUUGGUGAAUUGUCUUUGAGUUUGGAAAGUUUAUCAAAUCUGGUGAGCUUGGAAUACCUCUCUCUUUCCGGAGUGGAAAUCUCUGUAACCAAAGAGGGGGCUGAAGCUCUUGGAGGUCUAUCAAAACUACAACUACUGCAUAUGUCUAGGUGUAGGCUAAAAGGACCAAUUCCCAAUUUCCUUGUCAACCUCACCUCUCUCCUUCAUCUGAGCCUUUUUAGCAGUUGUUUGUCAGCGCAAAUACGAGCUUGGUUAGAAGAUAUGACCGCCCACUUGCUCUCACUUGAUCUCUCUUGGAAUGAGAAUCUUAAAGUAGAUGUUUCAUCUGCUAUAUGGAAUAUGUCAUCCUUAGAGCAUCUUGAUCUCUCAGGUACCAGAAUUGAAGGUGAGAUUCCACCUGCUAUAGGAAAUAUGCUUUCCUUGCAAAGUCUUCAUCUGUCAGAAACCAGAAUAGCAGGUGAGAUUCCAUCUACUAUAGGGAAUUUGUUGUCCUUGCAAAGUCUUGAUCUGUCUAAUACCUCCAUAGAAGGUGAGAUUCCAGUCUCCAUAUUCAAUCUCUCUAAGCUUGUUCUCUUCGAUCUGUCCCACAACAUGCUAACUGGGCUAAUGCCACCUUCGUUGGGAUCACUUUCUUCUCUUGUUUAUCUUGACCUCAGUUACAACCAAUUAAACGGCACAUUUCCACUCACAGUAUCACAUCUUGUUAGAUUAGAAUACCUUUGGCUCAAUUCCAAUAAUUUUAGUGGCUCCAUUUCCCUUUCUCUCUUCCAUAAUCUCACUCGACUUCAAAAUCUGUCUCUUUCCAAUAAUCACUUGAUUGUGAGCACUGAUUCAACAUGGAUUCCACAAUUUAAAAAGCUAGUGUUUCUGAAUCUGCGUUCCUGCAAUUUAGAUAGAAUUCCAUCAUUUCUUGUGACCCAAUACGAUUUGGGUUAUCUAGACUUAUCUGCUAACAAUAUUGCAGCAAAUAUUCCAUCGUGGAUAUGGGACUUGCCAAGUCUUUUUCAUUUGAACCUUAGUAGCAAUCAAUUAUCAGGUUCGUUGCCAUCUCGACUAGCAUCCCGAACUCUCUGGUAUCUGGAUUUGCACAAUAACAGCUUAGAAGGUGAUCUUCCCGUCCCUCCCGCGGGUAUUAGGUUGCUGCACAUGUCGAUGAAUCAGUUCAAUGGUUCAAUUCCUAUUGAUAUUGGUCAGCAUCUUCAGUAUACGCAUUUCUUAUCCUUGUCAAGCAAUAAUCUCAGUGGACCCAUUCCAAACUCUAUUUGCACUCCAGAUCUGAAGGUUCUUGAGCUUUCAAAUAAUAUGCUAAGCGGUAUAAUUCCUCCUCAUUUAACAAGGAAUUGUUCUUUUCUCAGUGUUCUAGAUUUUGCAGAAAAUCAUCUGGAAGGUAAAAUGCCAGCAGAGUGGGGAAACCUGGAAGAGCUUCAUACAUUGAAACUGAAUACUAAUCAUUUGACAGGAAUUAUUCCCUCGUCGAUUUCAAAAUGCCGAUCUCUACAAGUAUUGGAUGUGGCAAAUAAUAAUUUGGAAGGCAGCAUCCCCCAUCAGAUUGCAAUGCUACCGCAACUGCACGUGUUAAUGUUGAGGUCCAAUCAACUUCAAGGCGGUAUUCCACCCCAGGUAAUUGACCUUCCAAAUCUUCAAAUUCUGGAUCUUUCUGGAAACAAGCUUUCGGGAUCCAUUCCAAGCAACCUUACAAACCUGCUUGCAAUGGUCGACGCAUCACAGAGUAAUGCAAGCCAUCUCGAAGAAGACCUUGUUUUUGGUAGGUAUACAAAUCAGAUUACAAUGACAUGGAAAGGUUUGGAUGUUGAAUUUACGCAAGUCCUUUUCAUUCUUAAAUGCAUUGAUCUUUCGAACAAUUACUUUUCGGGGAGCAUUCCUCCCAGAAUGGGAUCCCUUAAAGGCUUGAUAGCUCUUAACCUUUCAAGGAAUCAUCUCAGUGGCCAAAUCCCAAGAACAUUGGGAGGCAUGGAUCAGCUAGAGUCUCUGGACCUCUCGCUAAACAGGUUGAAUGGCAAAAUUCCGUUGGAACUUCAGUCCCUGAGUUAUUUGCAGAUCCUGAAUUUGUCUUACAACAUGAUUGAUGGAAAGGUACCCCAUGGAGGACAGUUUCUAACUUUUGGGGAGUCAUCCUACUUAGGCAGUCCCAAGCUAAGUGGGAUUCCAUUUACAAAUAUAACAGUCUGCAACAACUCUUCUGGCUAUGUCAACUGCACAAAUGUUGAGACAAUUGGUGAAGCAGAGAAUUCAGAUGCUGAUAUGAUAGAAUGGGCAGUCCAACUUGGAUUGAGUUAUGGUUUGGGAUUCUCUAUUGUAUUUGGGCUAUUGGCUUUCAAUAAGAGGGUGAGAAAGUCGAUCUUUAAUUUGUAUGAUGUUAUAAUUUUAGGUGUUGAUCGAUGUAUCCGAGGUGAGAGAUGGAAGUACAUACCAUAG